AUGUUCAAUACGAUGAGUUUCUCGGUUCUCUUAGGGGGAAUGUUAUUCCUCGUCCAGCUUGCCACGGCGCUCAACAAUAGCCUGGCCGUGACACCUCAGAUGGGAUGGAAUGACUGGAAUGCUUUUGGUUGCGGCCUCAGCCAGAGUCUGAUCCUCUCCACUGCACGUGUUAUUAAACACACUGGCCUGAAGGAUCUGGGUUAUCACUACAUUGUUUUGGAUGAUUGUUGGUCUUCUAGUCGUGGAUCGAAUGGAGUUCUCAUUCCAGAUGCCACCAAGUUCCCAAACGGAAUGAGCUAUCUGGGCGAGCAACUUCAUGCGGAUGGCUUUGGCUUUGGAAUCUAUUCCAGCGCCGGAACAAAAACGUGUGCAGGAUACCCCGGCAGCUUGGGUUAUGAAACAAUCGACGCGCAAACUUUCGCCAGAUGGGGGGUGGAUUAUCUGAAAUAUGACAAUUGCUACAAUGAGGGUAAGGCUGGAACGCAGGCAGCAAGUUCCGCUCGGUACGCAGCUAUGGAACGGGCACUCGCAGCAACUGGCCGUAACAUCCUCUAUUCCAUCUGUAAUUGGGGUCAAGACCAGCCCUGGAUCUGGGGCCCAUCCGUGGGUAAUUCCUGGAGGAUCACGGGCGAUAUCUCCGAUAACUUUAAUGGAGAUUCCUCAGCAUGUCAAGUCCCAAAUUACGGUGGAUAUGAUUGUUCUGUGAUCAAGAUCGUGUCAAUGCAAGCUGCGAUCUCAUCCUAUUCAGCCAAAGGCGGCUGGAACGACAUGGAUAUGCUGGAGCCACCCUUCCCGUCGCCCUUCUACGACCUCAUCUUCGGGCUUGCGGCGGGGGGGUUCGACGUUGCGCUGGACAAGGGGACGUUUGAUGCGGUGUCGCUUCGGAGACGGUCAUCCAGGGUGAGAGGCGCGUGUGCGAGCGGUACCCUGGUAUUUUGCGGCGGCCCGUCUGGAAGGGAGCUUGUUGCGUGGUUUACGCGGGGCGAUCAGGCCCAGAACGAGGAUAGAUUGGUUGUGUAUGGGACGGUUGAGUAUGCGCGGUUUCGGGUUGGGGGGGAGGGGCAGGAGGUUUAUACGGUGUGCUUUUAG